CUUAUCCGUGGUGACAAAUGCUUGUUAUAUUUCAAGUAGCGCUGACAGAUGAUUGCUAUAUUUCACAAAUGUUCUAUGGUAUUUUAAAUAUAUUUGCUUCUUCAUGGUUUUGAUUUUGUAUUACUACGUAGUAAUUCUUGUGUUUUUUUUUUUUUUUUAAUGUUUGGUCCUGUUCCAAAUUAUAUUGGGAAUUACCCAUUCUCCCUUAACGUCAUUCGAAUGUACUUCAUUUACUGCCUUGCAAGACAUAGCAUUCUUUUCAAUUUUGCUCUUCAUUUGAUGAUUGGGAUAAUUAAUGACUCAUUACCAAAUACGAAACGUGAUAAUUAUUUGUGACACCUAUUUUUCUCCAACGUACGCAACUAAUGCGAAUUUUAGAGGUUUUGAAUUGGUGGAUCUGGAUUCUGGAAUCUUUUUUCUUUUUUUUGAAUCUCAGUUUUACUAGUUUGUUUGAUUCUUUAGCUGAAAAGAAAUUGAGACAUCCAAGAAUGUUUCAAUCCAUAUGCCGCAAGCUUGGCCUGAUCUGCCAAGCCAUUUGAUGGGUGGGGAAGGUUGCGCCUUUGAGGGAAUUUUGAUGAUGUCUUUCGUUGGUUGGUUACUUUAAUGGUAUUUGUUCACCUUAGAGUGUAAGGCCUAAGCUAACCCCACCCAGAAGAUGUGAGGAAAAAACCUCCAAUUUGUAAAUGGCUGCAUUGGGAGGACAUUCAAUUCAACCACCCUAAUCUUCUUUUAGGUGUAGCAAACUCUGAAAAUAGAAAUCUAAGGAGAUAGAGCUCUCUACCCAAAACCUAAUCUUCUAUCACGAAACCUGAUAGGGGAUAAAAUAUGGAAGGGAAGAAGAAAGUAUUGCCCAAAAAUCAAAAUGAUAAAAAUAGGUAACGAAAAAUUGGCCAUGCAACCGGCAACGUGGUUUCCUGAUAAUCUACACAAACUGUUAUUGUGGACAUGAUUAGCCCAUAGAAGAUUGGAGAGUUGUCUGCCCUUGUUUAGCCCUCAAAUUUCUCUUCACCACCGCAUUUGUAUCGCCUCUCAAUAUCUCCCCUGAAUUAAGGAUCUCUUCCUAUCCUACCCCAUACUACAUUUCUUUCUUCCUUCUUGCUCUUCAUUUCUCACAAGACUUGUUUCCCUUUGAACAACAAAAUGGCGAACGCGGUAUCUGGAAUGGCUGUGGAUGAUGAAUGUAAGCUGAAAUUCUUGGAGCUAAAAGCGAAGAGGAAUUACCGUUUCAUCAUUUUCAAGAUUCAGAACCAACAGGUGGUGGUAGACAAACUUGGCAGCCCUGAAGAAACCUACGAUCAUUUCACAGCAUCUCUGCCUGCCGAUGAGUGCCGUUAUGCUGUCUUUGAUUUUGAUUUCACUACUUCUGAGAACUGCCAGAAAAGCAAAAUUUUCUUCAUUGCAUGGUCACCUGAUACAUCGAAGGUGAGAAGUAAGAUGGUGUAUGCCAGCUCAAAAGACAGAUUCAAGAGGGAAUUGGAUGGGAUUCAAGUUGAGUUGCAGGCAACAGAUCCUAGUGAAAUGAGCUUCGACAUUAUAAAAGGCCGGGCACUGUAAACGCUCUAUUCUUGCGUUUUUCUUCUGCAAGCAUUCCCUGUCCUAAGCAUUUCAAUUUGUGAGCAUUGCUUAUUUGUAUUUUUAAGAAAAUUUUCACUUUUUUCCGUGUGGGUUUUUUACAAUUGACUGUGUAGUUUUAAUGUACUAAUAUUACCCACACCUUUAUGCUUAAUAGUUUUUCAAUCAUUUGUGUUUCGACUUCGAUAUGUUGGUGUUGAUAGUCAA